AGCCAAGCCAUCAUACAGAAGGCAAGGUAUCAGUCUACAAUUAAAAAUAUGAAAGUGUCUCAGGUGUUUGUCGUGGUUGUAUCCGUAUUGGCGGUAUUGAGUGAGGGUUGCAGUUGCCCUGGACCUCUAACAACGAAGGAGGAAUACUGCCAAGCAUCGUUUGUGACGCUGGCUAAGUUCAAAAGCUAUAGUGCCGCCACCGGAGAAGCGGAAUUCAAAGUUUCCCAUGUUCUGAAGGGUAUCCCCGAAGACCAGACCACCAUCAAUGUAGUUGUAGGUGACGGAAGUAUCAGUUGUGAUCUCGAUGGUGAGGGCUUCUUGAAGAAUCGUCGGUACCUAAUAGCGGGCAGUACUAAAGAAGGUCGUUACUUCGUGAACACAGGAUGUGGUUAUUUUGUGAGACGAUGGAAAGAGAUUCCUUUGCCUCAGCGUCGAGAAUGGUUUCAAAUUUAUAAACUAGUCGAGGAGGAAGUAUGCAAGGUGGAACGUCAGUGUCCAGAGAAUUGUACCUCAUACUUCGACGGUUGCAAUCAAUGUGGCUGCGAUCUAGAAACCGGGAAGCUCACAUACUGUACGGAACGUUUCUGCAGUCCAGAGGAACUUGAAGAGCCAUCGUGCACAUCGGAGAUUGAUCCGAAUUGCAACCCCAAUCCAUGUGCGGAAGGUGAGACCUAUCGACCUGGUAAGAACUUGUCUGAAUAUGUAUACGACGCUCCGGCAUCGCCCUGUGACACUGUGCUUUGUAAUAUAGGCGAGACAUGCGAGACCAUUCUGGGCGCAGCAGUAUGUCGUCCCUUCACUACGUGUGCACAGGUGUUGUGUGAAGCCGGGGUGAGUGUGUGUACCGAUGGACCUGAUAGAGAUGCAGAGUGUAUCCCCAACCCUGUGCCUUGGUGAGGUGUGGGUUCGAAACUACCUGCGAAGUGGACGGGAAUAAUAACGCGAUCUGUGUUCCGAUCUACGACGCGUGUUCGUCUGCACCGUGCAAGUUCGGUGGUGAGUGCUCCGUUGACAAAGCUGGUGGAUUCGUAUGCGAUUGUGCCGAGGGAUACGCUGGUACGACUUGUGAGGAGAAGCCAGCUCCUAAUACCUGCGGCAAAAACUGCGCAGCCUGGAACAACGGGUGCCA